UCUCUAAAGGUAUGUAAAGCCAUUGUUUAUUUAAAGCAGAGUUAACCUGUGGUGGUGUUAUUUCUUAUAGAUUAUAUAUAGUGAUAAACAAAACGCAUGGGGUUCUUUUUGAUAUUGUGUAUCUAAUUCAACAAGAUAUAGCUCAAGAGCACAUAAAACACUUUCAUUAACUUGCUUUUCGUAAGAAGAGGAGACGACGAUGGGUUUAUUGCCACUGGUGAAGAAACUAGGUUUCGUCUUUCUUCUUGUUUCAGCUUCAGCGUUUGCUCUCUCUUCUGCAGGCAGACCAUCCAUUUUAAUUUAUAGCCAAGACAAUAAUCAUCAAGAGUUGGUGGAAAGAAGGAUACAUGAACAUGAGAGGAUUCUGAGGAUGAAUUCGAGAGACUAUGGCCACUUCAGCCCUAGACAUAAGCUCGACAGGCCUCCUUCCAAGCUUAUUCCCAACUGAUCACAUGGACUCAUAUUGGGGUUCGACUAUAUAUAGAUUCCGACUUUAUGAGAUGUAUGAUAUAUAUAUACCAUGGCAUUGCAAUAAGUUUAAUGAUGAUCCAGUUAUCAUCAUAGUUUCAAGAUAUGUUAUAUAGUAAACGAUUAUUAUAAAGUCUUCGCUUAUAGAAGUGAGUUUUGUGGAAGUGCAUGUCACCUUCAUCAGUACAAUAUAUGGAUUUGUUAUCAUGCAAUUUGAAGUUUAUAAGGCAUUUAUAUUCAUUUACAUCUAAAACAAA